AUGGUCUUUUGUUUAUCUUCACCCAAAGCAUUACACCGAAAAAUUGUAAUUUUAGGUGACGGAGCUUGUGGGAAAACAUCAUUAUUAAACGUUUUUACUCGCGGGUAUUUUCCUCAAAUUUAUGAGCCAACAGUAUUUGAAAAUUAUGUACAUGACAUAUAUGUGGAUGGCCAACAAAUUGAACUUAGCCUUUGGGAUACUGCAGGACAAGAAGAAUUUGACAGAUUACGUUCACUUUCAUACGCUGAUACACAUGUGAUUAUGAUAUGUUUUUCAGUUGACUCACGUGGUUCGCUUGAAAAUGUUCAAUCAAAAUGGGUGGCAGAAAUUGCAAGUCAUUGUGAGGGCGUCAAACUUGUCCUCGUUGCACUUAAAUGUGAUUUACGCGAAUUAGAAGAUGAAAUUGCAUAUAAUGAUCGGGGAAUGAAUGAUCAGCAUCGAUAUAUUCAAUAUGAAGAAGGAUUAUCUGUUGCAAAAUUUAUUCGCGCAGUACGAUAUUUAGGUGUUAACGAAGCUUUUACUGAAGCAGCACGUGUUGCCAUUGCUGCAAAACCUAAGGGAGCAUCUGCAGAUGACAGAUCAUAUCGUCAACGGAAUUGUGAUAUCAUGUAA